AUGGCUGCAGAGAACCCUGUGGAAAGUCUCCAGGAUGAAGCUACUUGUCCCAUCUGUCUGGAAUAUUUUACAGAACCUGUCACUCUGGGGUGUGGGCACAAUUUCUGUCGAGCCUGCAUCACCCAAUGCUGGGAGGGAUCUGAUAUAGCCGUCUACUGCCCUCAGUGUAGAGAAACUGUGCAACAGAGAAACCUCAGGCUGAACAGGCAGCUGGCAAACAUGGUAGAAAUAGCCAAACGGCUGAGUUUACAGGCAAAAAAGGGAUCAGGAGUGGAGAAGGUGUGUGAGAAACACCAGGAGCCUCUCAAGCUCUUCUGUGAAGAGGAUCAAACCCCCAUCUGUUUGGUGUGUGACAGAUCCCGGGCUCACAGAGCUCACGCUGUGGUUCCCAUAGAGGAUGUUCCCCAGGAGUACAAGGAAAAGAUCCAGGCCCAUUUGAAGACUCUGAGGGAAGAGAGAGAAAAGCUGUUGGGAUUGAAAGUAAAUGGAGAAGAGAGAAGCCAGGAGUAUCUAAAACAGACACAAACCGAGAGGCAAAAGAUUUUGCUUGAAUUUCAGCAACUGCGGCAGUUCCUGGAGGAACAAGAGAGACUCCUGCUGGCCCAGCUGGAGAAGCUGGACAAGGAGAUUGUGAAGACACAGAAUGACAAUGUCACCAAACUCUCGGAGGAGAUUUCCCGUCUCAGUGAGCUGAUCAGUGAGAUGGAGGGGAAGUGUCAGAAGCCAGCGAGUGAAUUCCUGCAGGAUGUCAGACUCACCUUGAGCAGAUGUGAGAAGGGGAAGUUCCAGCAGCCAGUGGCGAUUUCUCCUGAACUGGAAAAGAGACUCAGUGAUUUCUCCCAGAAAACUGUUGCUCUAAUGGAGACUCUGAGGAAAUUCAAAGACACUCCAUCAGCACUGGAGAGAAAAAGAGGAGAAUCCCAUGGAUCAAUCAGACAUGCAAAUGUGACUCUGGAUCCAAACAUGGCUCAUCCCCAGUGCAUCUUGUCUAAGAAUCAGAAAAGUGUGAGAUGGGAAGACACACAGCAGGAUCUGCCCAACAAACCUGAGAGAUUUUACAUUGAUCCCUGUGUGCAGGGCUGGGAGGGAUUCACCUCUGAGAGACAUUGCUGGGAGGUGGAGGUGGGGAGUGGAGGAUACUGGGUGGCCAGAGAGUCUGUGAGGAGGAAGGGACGGAUCAGCUUUAGCCCUGAGGAGGGAAUCUGGACUGUGGAGCCAUGGGAGGAUCAGUGCCAUGCUCUCACCUCCCCUGUGACCCACCUGCCCCUAAGCCAUGUCCCCAGGAGGAUCCAGGUUUGUCUGGACAGUGAACUGGGGCAGGUGACAUUUUUUGAUGCUGGUAACAAGGCCCCAAUCUUCACUUUUCCACCUGCCUCUGUCACUGGGGGUAGAAUCCGCCCCUGGCUCCAGGUGUUAGGGAUCAGACUUUGUCCCUAA